AAUUCCUGCGAUGUGGUCUCGGUUUGACAUUCUGUUGCUCGCUUGCCUGUGCUUUGGCGCCAGUGGAGCACCGCUUAAAGGGGACGAGUAUGGGACAAUUGAUCCAGAGCUAGCUGGUGACUACUUCCAGGGUGAUAUGGAUGUGGACUUCACGCGUAAUGGAGAACUAGCAGUGACUCGACACUGGCCUAAUGCCACAGUCUACUACAAGAUAGAUGAGGAGUUCAGUGCUGCACAAAUGCAACAUAUUGAGUUGGGAAUGCGGCGUAUUGAACUGGUCUCUUGCAUACGUUUCCUGCCCGCCAGUGAGGAUACCGUGGACUAUGUAUUGGUCACCGUUUCCACAACUGGCUGCAGCUCUAAGGUUGGCUACAUUGGCAGCGAACAGACGGUCAAGUUAAAGCCCAACGAAUUGGACAUUGGUUGCUUCCGACUAGGCACCAUACAGCAUGAGCUGCUCCACACUUUGGGAUUCCAUCAUCAGCAAAGUUCUUCGGACCGCGACGAUUACGUGAAAAUUGUGGAAGAAAACAUUACUGAGGGAAAAGAGCACAAUUUUCAGAAGUAUGAAGCGGACCGGGUGGAAAACUUCGAUGCACCCUAUGAUUAUGGUAGCAUUCUGCACUACAGCUCCACAGCCUUCACAAAGAAUGGAGAAGAAACAAUUAUCGCUCUACAACCAGAUGGUCAGUCCCAAAUGGGGCAAAGGCUCGCUCUGAGCUCCGCCGAUGUGAGUCGCCUCAAUACCAUGUAUAAAUGUCCGAUGCAGGUGUAAAUAAAAUUGAGAACAUCUAUUAAUAAUUCAGAAAUCGCAAUGUAAA